CAGCAAGGUCAACAGUAUGGCCAACAACAGAACUACGGAAGUGGCUAUCCUCAGGAUCAAAACUUCGGCCCGCCCCGCCGUCAAGACUCCUUCGGCCCUCCAUCUCAUGGUGGCUUCCAGCACGGCCAAGCCGGAGGUCAAUAUGGUCAAUAUGAUGCCAGCAAUCCACAAGGCCAACCCAACUACUAUGGCUCUCAGGCUGGCGACGCUUAUGCGCAGAACCAACAGUACCAGCAACAGUGGGCGCAGGGGGGCCAACAACAGGGUCAACAACCAUAUGGAGGCGAACACCAAUUCGCCAAACAAUCUUCAGACCCCAACGCUCCCAACUAUGAUCCCAACGCACCACCCAUGUCGGAUCAGGACAGAGGCUUAAUGGGCGCCAUCGGAGGAGGUCUAGGCGGUGGUCUCCUAGGAAAGAAAGCCAACCAUGGUUUCUUGGGCACAAUCGGCGGAGCCAUUCUAGGAAGCGUGGCCGAAGAUCUUUUCAAAGACAAGAAGAAGAAACACGGCAGCUCCAACAGCAGCUGGGGAGGUUCUGGCAGAUACUAA